GGGGGAAGUUGCUAAGUAUAAAUCAUCUGAGUUUGUAUUUAUUCUUUUCGACCUUUUUUUAUUUUUAUUUUUUUUUCUUCUUCUUCUUCUUUAAUCAUAUAAAAUGUUCAUUUACUUAUUCUUCUUGACACUCAUUCUCUCAGUAUGUUGGUAUUUUCGUAGAUUCAUUAUAACAUGUGCUUCUAAAUUAGCCAAUAGAACGAACAAGUUCAUUGGCUAUCAUUUAUUACCUACUAACGAAGGUUCAUUCGAAGAAGAUAUUGAAGAUGGCUUAACAAGUUCAAACUUUGAUUUAAGUGUCAAUAUAAAUGAAGAAGAUAGUCGAGCAGGUCUCAAAAAUAAAGAAGAAAUUCUGAGAAUUAUGAAAAAACAAAAUGUGUCAUUUGAUGAAGCUAGACUUAUUCGACAACAACGAUUAUUAAAAAAGAAUGGGAUUGACCCUGUUACCGGUUUACCCUUAGAUCCUAAAUUUGUUCAAUUUUAAAUUAUGCAAAGCUUAAAUAAGUAGUGACUUUCCAUUAAUUAAUCCAAAAAAAAAAAAAAAAAAAAAAAAAAAAAAAAAAAA